AUGGACCUGUCCUACAGGUCCACCAUCUCCAUCUAUAAGAGUAUCCUGGAGCAGUUCAACCCCGCGCUGGAGAACCUGGUGUACCUGGGGAACAACUACCUGCGUGCUUUCCAUGCAUUAUCCAAAGCGGCUGAAGUGUAUUUUAAGGCGAUUGAGAAGAUUGGGGAGCAAGCGAUGCAGAGCUCCACCUCACACGUGCUGGGUGAAAUCCUGAUGCAGAUGUCUGACAUGCAGAGGCUCCUGAGCUCUGAUUUGGAAGUUGUGGCUCAGACCUUCCACGUGGACCUGCUGCAGCACAUGGAGAAGAACAGCAAAAUGGACGUGCAGUUCAUCAGUGAGAGCCAGAAGCAGUAUGAGCUGGAGUAUCAGCGCCGAGCCACCAACCUGGACAAGUGCAUGGCAGAGCUGUGGAGGAUGGAGAGGGCCCGUGAUAAAAAUGUCCGGGAAAUGAAGGAGAACGUGAUGCGACUGCGCUCAGACAUGCAGGUGUUCGUCUCAGAGAGCCAGAGGGAAGCUGAGCUGGAGGAGAAACGCCGCUACCGCUUCUUGGCUGAAAAGCACCAGAUGCUCUAUAACACACUCCUCCAGUUUUACAGCAGGGCCCGGGGCAUGAUCCAGACCAAAGCACCGCAGUGGAAGGAGCAGCUGGAGGCCAGCCGCAACCCCUCAAACAGCCACUCGCACGGUCUUCUCGCAGCCUCCCAAAGCCAUGGGUAUCCAUCAGGCCGGCUCACCCCCACCCACCUUGAGAUGACCCAGAGACCCCUUGGGGACUUCGCUUCUCCCAUGCCUGGGAGUAGGUCCAGCAUCUUCUCUCCAGAGCCUGCUGAAAUGAGACUGUCUCCUCAACCAGAGUCCCCCAGGCGGCCGCUGCGGAGAACACCAUCAGCCAGUAUGACCAGUUUGCUCCCCACUGGCCGUACCUCCCGUUCGGGCUCCUUUGGCGAGGCCAGCAGCAGCAGUGAGGGCAGGAGGAGGAGCGGCACGGCGAAAGUGCAGGCUAUCGUGCCUCACACGACGGGCGCCAACCGGACCCUGCUACGGUUUGACCCGGGGGACAUCAUCACAGUGCUGAUGCCAGAUGCGCAAAAUGGCUGGCUGUAUGGCAAGCUGGAGGGCUCGUCCACAUGCGGUUGGUUCCCCGAAGCUUAUGUCAAGCCUCUCAAGGAUGCAAGGGAGAUGGAGGAGCCAGCCACCAGGUCCUUCCCACUCCGAAGCAGUCACAGCAUGGAUGACAUCCUGGACCAUCCCAGCACUCCUUCUUCUAGCAAUUACUGGCCCUCCGCUGCCCAGCCCAGUUUGCCGAACCCACCUCCCCUCUCAGUGGGUGCCACCAGUCACCAGAGUGGGGUGGCCACCCCGGUCAGUUCUGUCUCCAAGAAAUCAGGAGCAUUUGACCAGCGCCCUGAACUCUUCCCACGAGGUACCAACCCCUUUGCCACAGUCAAGCUGCGUCCCACCGUCACCAACGACCGCUCGGCACCCGUCAUCCGAUGA